UUGCACCAGUCCAGGUGGUGAUAUCAUUACUAGCAUAGGAUACUGACAUUUUGACUGUUUAACAGGGUGUACCAAUACAUAAGCAGGGGGGUUAUCAAUCUGCACAGAAGGGAAAUAGCAAUAAUGGCAGCUCUCAGAGCAGAGGGGAUCCCAUAUAAAAGAAGGGAGAGGAUUACAGCUUGGAAUGAAGAAGAAGAAAUACAUGCCGUAUAAUCACCAGCACAAGUACUUCUUCUUCAUUGGGCCUCCAGCACUGAUUCCCGUCUAUUCCCAAUGGUAUAUUUUCUGCUUUGCAAUACGGCGCAAGAAGUGGGCGGACCUGGCCUGGAUGAUUUCUUUCUAUGUGAGGUUUGGUCUGUGUUACAUCCCGUUCCUGGGAGUGAGCGGCACCAUCGCUCUGUUCAUGGUGGUUAGAUUUAUUGAGAGCAACUUGUUUGUGUGGGUCACUCAGAUGAACCACAUUCCAAUGAACAUUGACUAUGAUCAGAAUAAGGAGUGGCUCUCUACGCAGGUACCCAUCCAUAUUAGUGAUGGGCGAAAUGUUUCGCCAGGCAUGGAUUCGCAGCGAAUUUCCGCAUUUCGCCAUUUUUAUUUCCCACCAUGCCCCAGCACAAUUACUGGAUUGUUUGCCUUCCUCUACUGA